AUGGAACUAUUAUGCAAUAAAUUGAGUUUCUUAAGAAAAUUUUACAAUUUUAGAAUAUUAGAAAAAUUUCAGAAAAUUCAUGUAUUUUUAGGAAGUUCUCCUAAAUUUGAGAAGAAAAAUGGAAUUUUAUUUAUUAUUAAAAAAGAUAAUAAUUACGAGAUAAGCAAAUCUCUUGAUUUAUUUUUAAAUGAAAUAAGUAAAGAAAAAGAAUUCGGAAACUAUGAAACUUAUCUUAAAAUGCUAUAUAUGUGUAUAGAGACAAAUGAUAAAUAUGUUGACGAACGUAUGCUUACUAUAGAAAAAGAAAUAAAUAUAUAUUUUUUAAAAAGAUAUUUUUUUUUUCAUAAUAAUGGAAUAAGUUAUAUUAACAUUUUUAUAAACAAUUAUUUAAUAACUAAUAUUCUAUACAAUAAUUAUCUCCAUUUUAAUAUAUUAAAAGAAGUGAAUAUAGAUUUUAAUACUAUAAAUGGUUGUUUCCAAUUCAACCCUUAUAAAUUAAGCGUAGAUAACAUACGCAAAGAAAACAUUAAUAAAAAAAAAUUACAUUAUAUAAGUUUAAGAUCAAAUAUGAUAUUUGAUGAGAAUAUAUUUGAUAUAAAUAGUUUCUUAAAAAAUAGAAUUAAAGCGAAAAGAAUAAAUACUCCUUAUAUAUAUGACUUUAUAGAAAUUUUUAAGGCUUCCAUAUUUAAUAAUGCAUAUUAUUUUAAUUUUUUAGCUUUUAAACAAAUAUGUAACAUUUCAAAUACGAAAAAUAUUGACUUUAUAAGAAAAAACAAAAUAUCUUUUAUAAAUUAUGACUUAAAUAAAUGUCACAGAAAUAUUAAUGAAAAAGAAAAUUUAUUUCAUCUAUUAAAUGAAAACGAAAUGAAUGAUUCUUUAUUUCAUUUAAAUUUAAAUGCUAAUCCUCUUGAAUAUAAUAGUGAAGAUAUAAAAAGAGAAAUUUUAGUUGUAGAUUCCUCUAAUGCAAAUGUUAAAAAGAUUGUUAAUUGUGAGGAGGAAAAUAACUUAAAAGAUAAUGCAAUUAGAACAUCAGAAGUAUGUCAGUUCAAUAAUACAAAUAGUGCUUUUUUUGAUUAUAAUAUAAAAAGCAGUAAGUAUAAUAUUGAAGAUAGAAAUUUAAAUAAGAAUAAUAAUAAUAAUAAUAAUAUCUCUAAUAACCAGAUACAUAAUAGUUAUAAUAUUUUAAGUAAUUAUAAUGGCAAUUAUGAUUUAAGUAGUACUAUUGUUUUAAAUGAAUACAACAAAAUAGAAAAUAGAAAUGAAAGUGUUAAUGCAUUUUUGUUUUUUAUAAAAACAAAACUAUACUCAGAAGGAAGAAAAUUUAUUAUUUUAAUUGAUAAUGUAAUUGUAAGAGGUGGUUCAUACGGCUAUGAAGAACUUAAUCUUUUAAAAAAUAUUUUUGAUUUAAUUAUUAUAUAUAAAAUUCCCCUCAUUUAUAUAGCUAAUAAUUCAGGAGCUGAAAUAAAAAUACUAGAUAUUCUAAAAAAUAAUAUAAAAGUAAAAUGGAUAAACGAAGAAAAAAAAAAUGAGGGAAUAGAAUACUUUUAUGUAGAGGAAGAUGGUUAUGAAAAAAUAAAAAAUGAUAUUGUUUUUGAAAAAAUAAUUGAAAAUAAUAAGAAAAAAUAUAUUAUAAGAAGUAUACUAGGAAAGAACAAUGAAUAUGGUUCUACCAAUUUAAAACUAUGUAGUAAUUUAAUUAAAAAAAUCAUACUAGCUAGCGAAAAUUCUGUUUUAAUUUCUUAUGUUAGUAGUAGAUGUGUGGGAUUUUGUACAUUGCUUUUAACUAUUUGUAAAAGAAUUAUUCAAAAGAAAAACUCGACAAUUUUAUUAUUAAGUAGUCAUAUGAUAAAUAUUAUUACAAAAAAAUACACAAAUUUUAACAAAAGAAAUAAAUAUGAAAAAGAGAACCUAUUAAUUGGUGGUGAUAAAAUAAUGGAAAAAAUUAACUUUUCGAAAAUGAUUGUAGGUAAUGAUUAUGAUGGAAUAACAAAUAUUUUAUCUUGGAUAAAUUACACAAAAGAUUUAAACAAAGAGUUUAGUAAACAAAAUUAUAUGGAUAAUAAUAUUCAUAAUGAUAACGUAAAUAGAAGAGUUAAAGAUUUAUUUUCAUCUGAUGGUAUUUUUGAUAAAAAUUCUAUCACUUUUUUUUAUAAUGAAAAUCUUAAAAUAGGAAGAUCCACAUUAGGAGGUAUUCCUGUGUCAUUUAUAAGUGUAGUGCAAAGUAAUAAAAAAAGUAAAAAAAAAAAAAAAUUAAAAAUUAAUAAUUUCUCUAGUAUAAACAAUAUAAAUCCAUUGGAAAAUGAUACUGUGCAACAAAGAGAUGUCGAUUUAAAUAUGAAGAGAAAAAAAGCAUAUUUCAAUAAAGAAAACAUGACAAAAAUAUCAAAACAUUUAUAUAAAUAUGACAAUAUAUUAAGAGUGUUAAUAAAGAAAGAAAAAAAAAUGGUUAUGUAUAUAUUAAGAAAAAAAAUUAAAAAAAAAAAAAAAAAUUUUUUUAAGGAAAAAGAUAAUAAUAACAAUGUAAAAUUGUUAAAUAGUAAGGAAGCAAAAAUAAUAGCAGCAUUUUUAGAUGAAAUAAAAGAAGAAAAUAUACCUAUUUUCUUAUUAUUAGAUUUAAAUGGAAUUGAUACAAGAAAAAAUGAAGUUGAAAAUGAUAUUUUAUCAAGUUGUAUAACUAUAGUAAAAAAUAUAAUGAAUUUUCGUAAUAUCAUUUAUAUUUAUAUAAUAAACAAUAAAGAAAAUUCAUUUUUAAGAGGAGCUGCAUAUGUUUUGUUUGAAAAAUCAUUAAAUAAAAACAUUGAGAUUUAUUGUACUAGCAAGAGUGAAAGUAGUAUAAUAAGUGAUGAAUGUAUUUGUGAACUAAAAUAUAAUAAAAAAGAUGUAACAGAUUAUAUGAUUAAUAACGAUGUCAUGAUAAUUAAUCUUCUAAAUAAAAAAAAAGAAACUAUUGAUAAUAAUCAAAUUAUUAAGAUAAAUAAAAAAAUUGAAGAAUUAAAAAAAAAAAAUUUUCCUUUUUAUCUAAAAGCAUUUUAUAAAUUUAUAAAUUUACACCAUAAUUCUAUUGGCUUAAAAACUAAAAUGUUAGUUGAUGAUAUAGUCGAAGUAGAAAAUUCUCGUUCUUUUUUUUAUAAUAAAUUAGUGAAUAAAUUAAAAAUUGUUUAA